GAUAUUUUGGUUGCGUCCGCCUUCGUUAUAACGUAAAUUAGGGUUUCUCUCUCUCUCUCUCUCACGUUUGGAUCUUCUUUCUCCUUUCAUCAAAUCCUUCCCUUCUCCCAAAAUUUAUCUUCGUCCCUCCGUCGGAUUCUAGGGUUUCGCUACGCAACGCUGCUCCUCAGCUGAAACAAUUCUCGGUGGAUUUGGCUUUGUUAGAGUUGAGAGUGAAUUUGUUGCUGCUUUUUAUCUUUUGGUUGCCUGCUCAACAUAAUUUAAGGAAGAGAGAGUGAUUUUACCGCGAUAUGCGAGCUUCAUGGGCAGAUUUGGCUGCGAAUUCCGCAGCUGAGAAUGUAGGAGCUGGAUCUUCUGCCAACAAUGGUCCUGCUGGUGCCUCUGGUUCUUCCCGAAGUGCUUAUGUGCCUCCACAUCUCCGCAACCGCCCAGCUGCAUCAGAUCCGCCUGCACCAACAAAUGCUGCUCCGGUAGCUGCUGCUGGUGGGUCCCGUUGGGGAGGUCCCCGCAAUGAUCUUAACAGCAGAUCAGGGUAUGCUGGUGGUGGUGGUGGUGGUGGUGGUGGUGGACGAGGUGGCUGGGGCUCCAGAGGUGGCAGCUGGGGUGGUGGUAGAGACCGGGAAGUAAAUCCCUUUGGAGAUGAUGCCGAAACAGAGGAACCGUUUAGUGAGCAAGAGAAUUCUGGCAUCAACUUCGAUGCCUAUGAAGAUAUCCCCGUGGAGACAAGCGGGCAGAAUGUGCCGCCGCCUGUCAAUACAUUUGCAGAAAUUGAUCUGGGUGAAGCCCUCAAUGCGAACAUUCGGAGGUGCAAGUAUGUGAAGCCAACACCUGUGCAGCGCUAUUCAAUACCGAUUUCCCUGACAGGGCGGGAUCUGAUGGCAUGUGCUCAGACUGGCUCUGGCAAGACUGCUGCCUUCUGCUUCCCAAUCAUUAGUGGAAUCAUGAGAGGAGGCCAGCCUGUACAGAGACCGCCGCGUGGUGCACGUACUGUAUACCCCCUGGCUCUUAUUUUAUCACCAACAAGGGAGCUUUCGAAUCAAAUACAUGAAGAAGCUAGGAAAUUUGCAUAUCAAACGGGGGUCAGGGUGGUGGUUGCUUAUGGAGGUGCACCAAUAAAUCAGCAGCUAAGGGAAUUGGAAAGAGGGGUUGAUAUACUUGUUGCGACACCUGGGAGGUUGGUAGAUUUGCUGGAGAGGGCUAGAGUUUCAUUACAGAUGAUCAGGUACUUGACGCUGGAUGAGGCAGAUCGAAUGCUGGAUAUGGGUUUUGAGCCUCAAAUUAGAAAAAUUGUUGAACAAAUGGACAUGCCACCCGCAGGCGAAAGACAGACGAUGUUAUUUAGCGCUACCUUCCCGAAAGAGAUUCAGAGAUUGGCCUCUGAUUUUCUUUCAAAUUAUAUCUUUCUGGCUGUUGGAAGAGUUGGUUCUAGCACUGAUCUGAUUGUUCAAAGAGUCGAGUUUGUUCAUGAUGCCGACAAAAGAAGUUAUCUUAUGGAUCUUCUUCACGCUCAGAGGGAGAAUGGUGUUCAGAGCAAGCAAUCUCUGACAUUGGUCUUUGUGGAGACGAAGAAGGGAGCUGACUCUCUGGAGAAUUGGUUGUGCAUGAACGGUUUUCCAGCAACCUCUAUUCAUGGAGAUAGAACACAGCAGGAAAGAGAGUUGGCUCUGCGGUCAUUCAAAAGUGGCAGGACCCCUAUUUUGGUCGCCACAGAUGUAGCAGCCCGUGGCCUUGACAUUCCCCAUGUGGCCCAUGUGAUCAAUUUUGACCUCCCGAAUGACAUAGAUGAUUAUGUCCACAGAAUUGGACGGACAGGACGUGCUGGGAAGAGUGGUUUGGCUACUGCCUUCUUCAAUGAGAAUAAUGCAUCACUUGCAAGGUCAUUAGCUGAGCUGAUGCAGGAAGCUAAUCAAGAAGUGCCUGCUUGGCUCUCAAGGUAUGCUGCUCGGUCCUCAUAUGGUGGAGGGAGGAACCGUCGCUCAGGUGGAGGCAGGUUUGGCGGUCGCGAUUUUCGGCGAGAGGGUUCAUUUAAUCGGGGCGGCGGGUCCGAUUACUAUGGUGGCAGCAGCGGCGGCUAUGGAGGUUCUGGUGGCGGCAGCUAUGGAGGCGGCGGAUACGGAGGCGGCGGAUAUGGAGGCGGUGGCUAUGGAGGAGGUGGAGGCCACAAUUCUGGGGUCACCAGCGCAUGGGAUUAGGUUGGUGAAAUUCUUUCUUCUUGACUACGCUCGGAGUUUGCUCCAAGUGCUGCUGUGGAGAUUCACUCGCUUCUACUGUACUGGGUUUUCUUAAUAUUUUCUCUUUUGCCUUAUUUUCUUUGUCAAGUCUCUGAUUAGGGGAUUCCAACCAGCGUUAGCUGUAUUAUAUACCGUGUGAUAGUUUGUCUGAUGAGGGGGAUGUGCUUUUGAAUGGGAAGGGGCGUAUCAUAUAUAUAUAUUUUUUGCGGGACUUUGGGUCAAUACAGUAAUCUUCUAGCAUAGUUGGGGGAGAGCGGCUUUGCUGUCUUUUCAUCGAUCUAUAUGAUGCCAUUUUGGGUGUUAAUAUUGGUGGGGAGAUGGGGUCGGUAGAAUGUGUCUGGGUUGGAGAUGGAUGGAGGGGUGUCGGUUUGGUUCGGUUGGUUCUAUCAUAUAUAUCUCGAUGCAUAUGUUUUUGUUUAUUUUCGGAUUAGUAGGCAGAUUCUUCUUUCGGCCCAUUUUGUUAGGGGUUUUGAGGGCUUUGAGCCUGCAGAAAAAAGUAUAUCACUGUGGAGAAGGAUAAUGUUGUCCCCCCUUUCCUUUAUUCUGAGGAGUUGGAACUCUGUAAGGGCUUUUCCUUCUAACGUUUCGACGGAGAUUGAAAUAACAAAGAUGAUCACUUUGAAAGAAAGCAAUGGGUUUUUCAGUUUU